CAUUUCAUUUAUUUAGUUGCUGUUGUAUUGAUGUAUCAGAUACUGAUAGCUGAAUAAACUGAUAUAAACUGUGAUAAACAUCGUCCGACAAAUGAAAUGCAUUUAUUCCUAAAAUACAGUCUUGUUUAGAGUUGUUUAUAGAACUUCUGACCCUUUCCAUCAAUAAUAAAUUGCAGCACUAGUUUAGGUGAUAAUGUUGGCGAAAUGCAAUACUCCUGCGACAGCAUAUGAGCCAAAUUUGAUUGCGGCUGAAAAAUGCUUCCAAUCAGUUCUAUAGCAAUGAAAUCCUGCUUCAUAUCCGGGCUUUGGAGAACUUUUCGAAUCCGAUGUUGUUUCUUCAUAGUACUCGCUGUGGUUACGUUCUUGUAUCUUUUGACGAAUCUGAACACAGCAACGGAACAGUGCGUGAAGUGUUACGAUACCUUGGAUGUUGUCUAUACGUGGGUGAAUGGUAGCGAUCAGCUCUUUCUGGAAAGGCUGAAACUGUACUCCGAUUCAAGAGAUAAAGCACGUUAUGACGAUAAGAAUGAACUCAAAUACUCGCUAAGAUCCCUGGAAAAAUACGCCCCGUGGGUAAGGAAAGUGUAUAUCGUAACCAACGGACAAAUCCCCUUCUGGCUUAAUCUGGAUUGCCCAAAAAUACAAUUGAUUCAACAUUCAGAUAUCGCAGACGAGGAAGCAAUACUUCCGACCUUUUCCAGUACAGCAAUCGAAACGUUUAUUCAUCGAAUACCAGGACUUUCGAAAAAUUUCCUCUAUCUCAAUGAUGACAUCUUCCUGGGUGCACCGUUGUAUCCUGAUGAUUUGAUAACCCUGUCCGAGGGAGUAAAAGUUUUCACUGCGUGGUUGGUACCUGAUUGUGCCAAAGAUUGCCCGUGGAUGUUUGUUGGAGAUGGAUCCUGUGAUAGUCAUUGUUACGUAGAAGAGUGUCAGUUCGACGGAGGCGAUUGUGACCAUCCCGAUUACAGGGAUCAUUCACAUGAGCUUGUGGAUUACAGCAUGUCGACAGAAGGUGAGGAUACUUUCAUUGAGGUGCCAAGGACUGUCACCAAAGGGGCGAUGAAAACCGAAAACGUUCGAAGCAUCUAUGAAAUAUUCCAUCGAUCGAACCGUUCUACCAAACAAAUUGUGGAUAAAUUCAAUCAAGAUAAAUUAAAAAGCACUAAACAGAAAAAUACUUUUGGAAGUAACAAAGAACGUUACUCUGAAGGUGAAAAGACUAUGAGUAACUCACAGGAUAUUUUUGCCCGCUCGCUCAUCCAUACUAAUAGGAUUUUCAACAGCGCAUAUGGAUUCAAAAAUAGAAAAGUUCUAGCACAUGUUGGAUUUCUACUGAACAUCGAUAUCAUAGAGUCCAUGUUAAGUAAAUUUCGUCAGGAAUUUGCACUUACUAAAAGGCACCGUUUUAGAGAGAAAAAUGACAUGCAGUAUGCUUUCACUUAUUAUCAUUUUUUGAUGGGUGAGAGCAGAAACAAAACCAUUUCCGAAAUUUUUGACGAUUUUGAUACAGACAAAUCCGGUACUUGGUCGGAUCGAGAAAUUCGGACGCUUCUGGCGAAAAUCUACAAUCUUCCUCUUGAUUGGUCAGCUGUACGAUAUUUUGAGGAAGUUGUUACAAACUGCUCUCUACAACAAAACAAUUUCCUGCCCCUGGAGCAUCAGCCGGAACAGAAAAUGAUUUAUCCUACCUUGGUAUAUGAACGAUACGAAGAUUCAACAAUCCCCACGGUGACUAAAAAGUUGGUUAAUGAGUGUCACGAAUUGACCGACAUGAUGCGAACAAACUUUGGCCAGGUGCCUCUGUAUAAAUUUCACAUCAAUCAGAAAACGGGAAUGUACAGUAACUUCAAAAUGCUCACCUCAAACAUCACCCACGUAGUAGAUGCUCUGGAUGAGUUGCGAAAGAAUCCUAAGAAAUUCAAUUGCAUCAACGAUAACCUUGUGGAGAAUAAUCCCGAAGAAAACCUAUUGAUCUCAGCCCUGUUGGAAGAUUUCUAUUUGUCCCUGUUCCCGGUAAGCAGCCAGUUCGAGCUGACCCACAACUAUCGUAAUAGAUUCCAGUAUUACGAUGACUAUAAAGCCUGGCUUACCAGAAAAAUGCUCUUCCGAAAUGUAGUGUACGGAGUUUGCCUAUUGGUAUUUGUAAUUUGCACUAAAAUGCUCUGUUUUCGACAUAAAGGUAAAUUUGCCCGUACUUUGGCAUUCCUGAGCAACCGAGAUUAUAAUGCAAUCUAACAACUCGAAUUCAGUUUCAUAUUUACAUUUUUUUUUGUACAGUGUGACGUUUUAAUAAAAAUUCGAACAAACUAUA